GCAGGGCUCUGGCACUCCGCGGAGAGACGCGCAGGGCAGGUGGUGCUGCUGAGACAGCGCUCAGUCCAUCACAGCCCCCCCUCCCCCCGUCCAGUCACCGCGAGGCAGUGUUGGAUUCCUUCAGUGCUCAGUCAGGGAUGCGCAUCUGGACCUGAGAGGGUCCCGGGGACAUUUACGCGUCGAGGUGCUCCGCAGUACCUCUCCCUGUUCCCCACAGAGGAAAUACUCGCACCGGUUGAGGACAGUUUGGCUUUUUUUUUUUACAGAAUGGCCGGCGCAGAGUGCCUUCUUCAAACGCCGAGUAACUUCCAGUCGUCAGCCAUGUUUGAAGGCUCUGAAGCUGUGGAGGUGGGGGGGGGCAGCACGCAGAGCACCGCGGCCUCGUCCAUCAGCGCCUGCAAGAAGGUGCUGUGCAGCAACAGCGUAAUGGACUCCCCGGAGUACUGGCUGAGGAACGAGAAGGCUCUGUGCCGACUGGGCCUGCUGGACGACGACACGGAGGGCAGCUGCACCAUGAUCUGCUUUGUGAAUCUGGACCCUCAGAAAACAGACUAUCGCGACGACAAAAGCAUCAAGAAACUGGCAUCAGUGUCUCCAGACCUGCCAAAGAUGGUGGAAUUGCUGACUGUCCACCAGCCCAAAGAAAAUGAGAUCCUACUUCUGGGUGGGCUGGAGGCCUCAGAAACCUGCCAAACACUCCCCCUCUCCCCCUCUAAGCCCGGCCAGCAGCAGCACAGAGGUACCGGUGUGUGUCUGGUUCAGUGUUCAGCACAGAGACGCUCCACCCAACAGAAGAACAUCAUCUACGAGAUCAACAAGUUCCUGAUCGGUCUGCAGUGGGGGAAGGAGCGCCAGCUGCAGCAGGACCGAGCAGCCGGGCAGCGGCUCGACGACGACACCAACCGCUCCAUCUCCUCCAUCGAGGAGGACUUCCUGACGGCCUCCGAACACCUCGGAGACGACAGCGAGGAGGAUGGCGUCAGAAACGAAGCAGAGAGUGACCUGGCAGAGAGCUCGGCUGAGUCUUCACACAAACACUGUGUCAGGCUGUCAUGUCAGAGAGCCCAGCUGGCCCACCAUCAGAACAGGGAGGAAGCAGAGGGGAAAAGGGGAGGGCAGCAUCGGCGAGCCAGCUUCCACACUAAGGAAUCAGCGGGUCACUACGCCACCAAUCUGGCUGAGUCGGUACUGCAAGACGCCUUCAUACGCCUCUCUCAGGAUGAAACCUCCUUUGUCUCAGAGGCGGCCGUCAGCGUGUCCCUCUCCACUGGUCCCUCAAAGACCAAAGGGCCUUCCCAACAGCGCACCUGCUCCUUUGAACUCCCCAAGAUUGUUAUAGUUCAAAGCCCGGACAGUUCUGAAGGGGCUGCCGAGUGGGCUGAGACCCAUGUGUCUCAUGUGCCUCACCAGGAUAUCCCUGCCAACGCCAGUGAGUUGCCAGAGAAAGGGAAACAGGCUGACAUCCCCCACCACAAUGGAGGGCAUCCAUCCAAACAUGUCGAGGUAGCUUUGGCCUGUGCUGCCAGUAUCAUUGGCACCAUUACCAACCCGCAGCUGACCGAACAGCUGGCCAUGGAAUCGGCUGAGGAGGAAGACCCAGAGGAGGAUCUGAAUGAACCAGAGGAGGGAUCUGACUACUCCUUCUCCUCAGCCAUGUGUGGCAUGGCUCAGGUAGCUGGUGCUGUAGCGGCUGUGGAGCUAACAGAGGGGUCAGCGGAGUGCGGCGAUUCUGACGCAGAGUCUGCAGAAGCCUACACAGCGUCUCGUGGUUUGAUGUCUGCAGCCGAAGCCUCUGCGGCCGUCACGCUGCACUGCAGUGUGGCAGAGGGCACCAGCGUGGAGGCGUUUCGGGCAAACAUUGCUGAGGUCCUACACAGGGAGGCAGCUGAGGUACUGACUCAACCGCAAGGCUACAAGAGUGUCGCCCAUCUGCUGGAGGCCACGCAUAACAAGAUAGUAGAUGGCAUUACGUGUCCAAAACAAUCCUACAUGGAUGAAAGAGAGGUGGAUGACUUAAUAAAUGAAGUGGCAGACAGCUUGUUCAAGCAUGCUUUCGAGAAAGCAAAAAAUAAAAAAGAACUGGAGGGUACCGGAAAAGAUGCACCAGGCCUUCAGGUUUUCCUGCAGGACAGCGUUAACAACCUGCUGUUCGAUAUCCUUUGUUUGACACAGAAGAAAAUAAGUCACGUCUCUAGAUUUGACCAAGGGCCAUUUGACACACAAGAGGGUGAUACGUGUGCUAGGGAGCCUCCUAACAUUAAGGAGAGUAAGGAUCCAUUCAGUCAAUUACAGUGCUUAGUUGGCCAUAGCCAGUCCACUAAUAGUGAGAACCACUGCAGCGCACCACACUGCACAGAUAAGCUUCCCAUGUUUCCUGGGUGGAAGGAUAAAUAUCUGCUUGAAGAAAAUGAUCAAAUGUCAUAUUCCCCCACAGCUCACAGCAAAGACCAGCAUCAGUCCUCAUGCAGACAAAGUCAAUCUAGAUCUUUCUCUGACCCCCAGCAGGGCAGUGGUCCUAUCAGAGAACUGAGUGAAAUCCAGGUUCACAGCACAGAGAGGAGAGGACGUCUAGUGACAAGCAGCGACAGCAGACAGUCCUCUCUCACCCCUCAGUCCUCCCUCACACCCCAGUCCUCCCUCAACUCCUGCAGUUCUCUGCUAUCUUGGAGAAUGGAUUCAGAGACUAGGACACCCAUUAAUUGCUAUGCAGAUGAUUUGUCUGCCACAGUGGUGUCAAUGGCCACAGAACUGGCAGCCAUCUGCCUGGAAAACAACACUGGGAAACAACCGUGGUUCUGUGCCCUCAAAGGGUCGUGUCCCGAUGGGUCAGAGGCGUACUUUAUCCCUGCUUGCCGCACAGUGCUCAGGAGGAAAGAGGCACAGAACAGCAAUGCUGCCUCCAAGAAACACCGGGCUCCACGCCUCAGUGAGAUCAAGAGGAAAACAGAGGAGCAACCAGAGCUGAUGGAGCGCCUGGUGAACCGGGUGGUGGAUGAAUCAGUAAACCUGGACGAACCACAGGACCCUUUUGCCCUCUUUGCUUCCGAAGUCACGGCCAGGAUCAUGAACUGCCCUGAGCUCAAUGUGAUUGAUACCUCCAAAACGGGCCUGCCACGCAGCAGGUUGCAGUGUGAGAGGUGGAGCCGUGGGAAGGCUUCAAGCUAUGAGAGUAUUCCAGAAGAAGACUCAGACCGCUCAGGCACAUCCAACACCCUGGGCCUCGGCAAUCGCUUAGGUCAGAACUUGAGCCGCGGUAGCUCGAUCUCUAAGCAGUCCAGCUGUGAGAGCAUCACGGAUGAGUUCUCACGGUUCAUGGUCAACCAGAUGGAGACUGAGGGCAGAGGCUUUGACCUUCUGCUGGACUACUACGCAGGGAAAAAUGCCACCAGCAUUCUGACGGCAGCUGUUCAACAGGCCGCCUCCAAGAAAAACGGACACCUUAAUGUCAAGGCCUCAUCCUGCCUGUCCAAACAGUCCAGCACAGAGAGCAUUACAGAGGAGUUCUACAGGUUUAUGCUUCGGGACAUGGACAAGGAAAACAGAGAGUAUGGCAUCGCCAAGACCAAGGAGUGGAGCAACAGCCUGUUCCCCCCUUCUCAUAGAACUCCUUUCUGCAUACGACAGUCCUCCGUCCCAGAUCGGCGCUCCUCGGACUCGCGACUGACCGUCAACUCGCCCAUUAAGGCAAACUCUUUUGACGGAUUCGCCCGCAACAUGCAUGGAGACACGCUGAAUAUCUUCCCCACCAUCUCAUUGUCAGCCACAGGACUGUGUAAGUCCGACUCCUGCCUCUAUCAGAGGGGAGGGACGGAUCAGAUCACUGACAUGCUGAUUCAUGAGACGUGGUCGAGCUCCAUCGAGUCCUUGAUGAGAAAGAACAAGAUCAUUGCUGAUCCCGAGGACAGUAUUGAUCUGGGGGCAGCAGCGGACUCUCAGCCCCAUGUGCAGCAGUUCGCCAAUCGCAUGGCAGCUGACAUUGUAGAUAUUGGCAAGUCUGCCAUGGGGGGCCAACAAGAUGCAGCUGGGGGUUCAUCUGGGUCUAUCUCACAGCCGCACAUGCCUGUUGGAGAAAGAAGGAGGGGGUUCAAACAAUCUCAUCUGAGUUUUGGUCGGAGUAGGUCCAGCCAGGAGCAGACGGGUACCGGAGUAGGGUCCGGUGACAGCAGUGCACCCCGUAUGAGGGGCCCCCGAGAUGUUCCUGUGAUCCACAUCGAGGGAGAUCAGAGGGAUGAAGAGACUCGUUCAAACCCAGAAAGGACUGGAAGAGGACCUCAACAUACGGCCCCAGAAGCAUCGGUCACCAAACGUACAGAGAGAGCUCCAGCCAACAGCAGCAGCAGCGAGAGGGACAGGCCAGCUGUGGCGGGGGCUGCAGUAGUGAAGAGCAACAAGCGUUCAAUGAGUGCUAGCAGUGAAGAGAGCACGGGGAGCUGGUCCCAUAUGACCCCCGAGGAUGACCCCCAAGAGGAGACCAGUAGUUUUAUCCAGCUGAGCGAGGGGAACGGAACCAGCAGUGCGUCCAGCCUGGGCCUCGCAGACCUGGACGCUUUCUCCGACGGGCCCACGCAAAGCACAGUGAUCAGUGGGGAGACAGUGAAAGGACAUCUGUCAGGAACAAAGGAAAACAUCUUUGAGAGCAGUUCAGCGAGGGCAUUGGGCGACAGGUUGCUGCUGGUGGUGAACUGCGACCUGGAUCCAGAGAGCGUGGACUCGGAGCUCCGAGUGGCUCUGCAGUGGAUCGCUGCCUCCGAGCUGGGCCUGCCUGCGCUCUACUUCAGGAAGUCCAAAGAGAAGAGGGUUGCCAAGUUCCAGAGGGUGGUCCACCUGAUGUCUCAGAAGUCGUGGAGGGUUGCAGACCUCUUCAGCGCCGUGGUCCAGUUCUGUAAGCUUCAUGAGAAAAAGGAAGAGGAGGGGCACGCUCUGUCCAGCCUCUUUGAUUGGCUGUUGGAGACCCUGUAGCUCCUCAUUCAGCUAACAGAAAGACACUCAUUCGCCGAAACAUGUUCUUGACUCUAACUGCAAGCUGAAGGCACAACGCGAUCAGCAUACUUGAGAAAUUCAUACACCUAAGUCUUGGUGUUUUUCGUCUAUUCGCAGUCAUAAAUGGACCAGUUUCCCUUUAAUAAAAGCAUGUUUUUGUUUUUCAGAUUCACACACAAUCACAAACUGUAAGUGUAAGGGUUAAACAUUCCUGAUGGGAACGAACAACCUUCAAGAGAUUAUAGUCAGCAGGUUUUAACUGCUCCAGAUUAUACAUAUAUAUACACACAGUAUACAUAUAUAUAUAUUUACAGAUUCUCACAACCAAACUAUGUAUUUAUUUAUUCCAUAUGAACACAGAGAAUAUCAAUAGAUGAAAGAAAAAUCAGGUUAAAAUCUCCCCGCAUUUCAAAAUUUUUGUAUCACAAAUACUUUGUAAAAGAGGCUGGAGAAAAGUAAGCCCAGAAAAAGCGUUAAAGUUUAUUUGUAAACCACCUAGAAUUGCACAUCUUUUUUAAAGUAAGCAAAAUGCCCAUAUCUUUGUUGUGUUCAUAAGCUGACGUUACACAUCUGUUGUGAACUUCAGUUCUUGGUAAGUCUGUUAUCAUGUUGAGAACUGAUUACUUUGGAUAGCUGUCCUGUAUAUACUGUAGAUUUUUGGAACUGCUGCACCUUGGAGGAGUGGACUGCUCUCUUCAGCUUUUACUAAGUCAUGAAGACAGAGUAAGGUUUGUAAUGUUGAAUUUGUAUGUGCAUUUGGUCUGUUUGUCUCUCUACUUAGUGGUACUCUAGUGUUACAUCAGCAUUGGGUAAAAAUAAAGCACACAAUUCAGCUGUUAACUCUGUCACGGUAGAACUGAAUGUAUUUAUCUUUUGGCAUCAAUAAAUUAUUGUGAUGUGAAAUA